AUCAAUAGUAUAUUUGUAGAAAUUUUCCUGUAAAAAAUGAAAUCACGCUUCUCUCUGUUACUCUAGGGUUUUCUGCUGCUUCCUUCUUUCCGAUCUUCGCGAAGAGCUCAAAUUUAAUUGGAAAGCUUUUCCAAUUGGAUCUCGUUGAUCGACAGGUUUUCCGUUUAUCGCGGAAUUUCGCGAUGCCCAGGUAUUACUGUGACUAUUGCGACACUUAUCUCACGCAUGAUUCCCCUUCAGUUAGGAAACAACACAAUGCGGGAUACAAGCACAAGGCGAACGUAAGAAGUUAUUACCAACAAUACGAGGCACAACUAAAUCAAAGUUUGAUAGAUCAAAAGGUCAAGGAACAUCUCGGGGCAUUUAGGCCACCUGUCGCUCCUUACAAUCAGCUAAGGCCUGGUCUGCCAGUUCUACCUACACCAAUUCCAGGACAGUUGCCUCCUGGAGCGCCAUUAGUCCCAGGGAUUAGACCUCCGGUUUUGCCAAGACCGAUACCUGGAGCUCCAGGUUAUGCACCAGCUCCUCCUGGGAUGCCACAGAUGGCCCCUCCUCCAGGUGCUCCUGGCAUGCCUGGUCAAAUGAAUGGCCUCCAGAGACCCAUGACAGGUCCUCCUCCAAUGGUUCCUGGAAGUGCUGGAACGCCAAAUACUGGUGCCCCGCCAAUGUUUGCGCCCCCAGUGUAUCAAGGGAGUGUCUCUUUGCCCUCGAGUGGGGGUGGUGAUGGUACUAAUGCUAGUGCUCAAGCUCCUGAAGCUAAUAAGUAGUCUUACCACUUCUGUAUUCUUGAGUACAUCUUGUGAGUUUGAGGGGAAGGAUCUCUAUGAAAAUUUUGUAAAAAGAAUUUAGUGAAAAAGAUCGGUUUCCGUGUCAGAGGAGGUUAGGCUGAAAAUGUAUUCCUGGCUUUGGUUAUAUUCAUCAAAAGGCCUUGGGACUGUUUGUAAUUUCUUUCUGGCAAUUUAAGUCAGAGCAAACUACCUAUUGGGAUUUUCAAGCAGAA